GUGAGAGAAAAACUUUUAGUAAACAAACACCAAAAUUUUUAAGAAAAAAAUUGUUCGUAAACUUCUUAAAUAAAAUCUUAUUGAUUUGGAAAUUUUUCAGGCAAAAUUAAAUUCGUUCCAAAAAUGAUGCUGCUCCCAUGCUGCCGAGUUUGGAAUGUUAGAAGCAGAAUUGUCAUGUUGGAAACGAUUCGAAUGUUUACAAACUUCGAAGAAAAAGGCAAAGCAGAAGAAAACAUUUACUUCUUGAAAGAGCAAAGAGAAAAGCUGCGUUUAAUGCGUAAAAAAAAUGCUGGAAGUGGAGGGUACGCUUGAUGAAAGUAUCCAGGCUCUUGAAAAAGCCGUACAAAUUUCGAAAACCAUAAAAAGAGAAAAGACGAAAAAAGAAUAAUGAUGCAAUUGAAAUCGUCGUAACUAAAAAUGUGAAACCGGUUAAUUUAAAAAAUGGCGCGAAAUUUGAAAACAAAAGUUUUUGCCACCAAAUUUUUAUGUGAAAAGUAGAAAAAGUUGUUGUACUUGUAACGAUCAAGCGGUAAUGUUCCGUCUUUGUAUAGGGAUUAAAAAUGUACUUCUUUUUCUAUUCAA